ACUCAGGAUCACAGAGAUCCACCUGCCUCUCUGCCUUCCAAGUGCUAGAUUAAAGGUGUAUGCCACCACCACCCAGCGUCUUUCCAUUUCUUGAGUUGAUAAAAAUGAUUUGACUUUUUCAAGUUAGUGGAAGAGGCAGUGUGUGCUCUGAACCUUAUAUUGCCACCCCAUAUGCAACCCAAAGACGACCUGCCAUCUCCACCUAGGCCCCACAGGGCUGAUCUAACCUCACCUCGGCCUUUAAUUCACCGGCCCCCUCAAAGGUUCAGAGGGCAGUUGCUGGGACUUCCCCUGCUAGGCUGUGGUUUCAUCUCUUCUUCACUGGUUACCUGAGUGGGCUGCCUUGCCUUCAAGAGGCCCCCUCCCAGUUUCAGCUCACUGCUUUUUCCAUGCCCUUAAACCAGCACCUUUUUGUUUCUUUUUCUAACUUUUGGAUUUCCACACACUAAGCUCCGUGAGAUCAGGGACCAGUUGACAGCCCUUAUCCCAGAGCUUUAGUGUGUGUGUGUGUGUGUGUGUGUGUGUGUGUGUGUGUGUGUGUAGGCCAGUGCACAAAAAUAAGUAAAGAACUCUAAUAAUCGCCCCAGUGCUUGGUUCUUCCAUCCUCGGUGCCUAGCAAGUGAGGCCCAGAGCCAAAACCACUUCCCACCACGUCUUUUCCAGCCCUCUACCAGAGUCUGAUUGUGCCUAGGCAACGGUCUCCUAGGAGACGGGAAACAGAGGGCGGGGCCUAAGAGGGAUCCUGGGCGAAGGCACUGGGGCGCUGGGAGCGAUCUUGGCGACAGGCGCAUGCAGGGCCUCAGCGCCGCGCUUCUCUUGAGCGCCGGGCAGCUGAGGCCUGCGGCUGCCUGUUACCGCCAAGAAGGCAGCUCGGAGUGCAGCUGGCACCGGAGGCCACAGCCGCCCGAGCUCAACACCAAUUCCCCUUCCCCGUGGCCCUGGGCAGGCAGCUCACAGUUCCACCCGCCUGGGAGGCUGCAAUGGCCCGGGCCCGGCUCCGCCAGGCCCGAGGGGACACGUUGCUGUGGGGAUUACAGCCCAUUUCCUGUACGCCACCUAAGCAGCGCCCACGACAAGUCGUUCGCGCCUGGUGCCCAGGACACUGCGAGCUCCCACCCCGUCUGCUCCCUGCUCCCCCCGACCCUGGAUGAGCCCCUGCCUACCGCCCCGCCGCCACCUGAUGAUUCCCUUGUUCUCUGGCGAGGAUUCUCCAAGGGACCUCACCACAUGGGCCGACUCAGAAACGCCAAAAUCCACGUAGAGAGAGCCGUCAAGCAGAAGAAGAUCUUUAUGAUUCAUGGCCGAUACCCAGUGAUCCGGUGUCUAUUGCGCCAGAGGGGAUGGGUAGAAAAAAAGAUGGUCCAUCCCCAAGGCACCAUCCUUCCACCGCCCCAGAAGGACCUAGACAGUUCACUGAUGGGUGACAGUGAUGCCAUGGAGGACGACGAUGAAGAAGAGAAUGAGGAGUUCCGGGAGCCACAGCUGUUGGACUUCGAUGGUUUUCUGGAAUUUGAUGACCUGGAUGGGGUACACGCUUUAAUGUCCCGCAUGGUUCGGAAUGAGACCCCUUACCUCAUCUGGACCACUCGGCGAGAUGUGCUGGACUGUCGCUUCCUCUCCAAGGAUCAGAUGAUAAACCAUUAUGCCCGCGCUGGCUCCUUUACUACGAAGGUGGGCCUGUGUCUCAACCUCCGGAAUCUGCCAUGGUUCGAUGAGGCUGAUGCUGACUCCUUCUUCCCACGAUGCUAUCGCCUGGGGGCAGAGGAUGACAAGAAAGCCUUCAUAGAGGACUUCUGGCUGACAGCUGCCCGCAACGUUCUCAAGCUGGUGGUGAAGUCGGAAGAGAAGCCGUACUCCACCUCCAUGCAGACAAGAAAGGAAGAGGCCCUAGAAAUGAUGCUGCCCAAGAAGCAGGAGAGAAAGGCAGUGACAGUGUCCUCAGACUUUGUGGAUAAGGCACUGAGUGUCUGUGAGGAGCACCUCAGCAGCAUGGCCCACAAGGACAUCGACAAGGACCCAAAUGCCCCGCUCUACUUCAGCCCUGAGGGUUGGUCCGACUUCCUCCAGCGCUACUACCAAAUAGUCCAUGAAGGGGCAGAACUGAGACACCUAGAGACCCAGGUCCAGCGCUGCGAAGACAUUCUACAGCAGCUUCAGGCUGUGGUACCCCAGAUCGACAUGGAGGGGGAUCGAAACAUCUGGAUUGUGAAGCCAGGAGCCAAGUCCCGUGGCCGAGGUAUUAUGUGCAUGGACCACCUGGAAGAGAUGCUGAAGCUGGUGGACUGCAACCCCAUGCUGAUGAAGGACGGCAAGUGGAUUGUGCAGAAGUACAUUGAGCGGCCCCUGCUUAUCUUUGGCACCAAGUUUGACCUGAGACAGUGGUUCCUGGUGACUGAUUGGAAUCCACUCACUGUGUGGUUCUACCGAGACAGCUAUAUCCGCUUCUCCACACAGCCCUUCUCCCUGAAGAACCUGGACAACUCCGUGCACCUGUGUAACAAUUCCAUCCAGAGACACUUGGAGGCCUCCUGCCACCGGCACCCGAUGCUGCCCCCCGACAACAUGUGGUCCAGUCAAAGGUUUCAGGCUCACUUGCAGGAGGUGGGCGCCCCUAAUGCCUGGUCUAGUAUCAUUGUACCCGGCAUGAAGGCCGCUGUGAUCCACGCCCUGCAGACCUCCCAAGACACUGUGCAGUGCCGAAAGGCCAGCUUUGAGCUCUACGGGGCCGACUUUGUGUUUGGGGAAGACUUCCGGCCCUGGUUGAUUGAGAUCAACGCCAGCCCCACCAUGGCACCUUCCACAGCUGUCACUGCCCGUCUCUGUGCUGGUGUGCAAGCAGACACUCUGCGUGUGGUCAUUGACCGGCGACUGGACCGCAGCUGUAACACGGGAGCCUUUGAGCUCAUCUAUAAGCAGCCUGCUGUGGAGGUGCCCCAGUACGUGGGGAUCCGGCUCCUGGUGGAGGGGUCUACCAUCAAGAAGCCCAUGGCAGUGGGCCAUCGGCGUACAGGAGUCCGCUCAUCACUCCCUCAUCUGCUGACCCAGCCAGGCUCUGGGGAAGGCAAGGACUCAGGGUCCCCUACCCACAGGUCAGCUUCUAGGAAAGACGCUGGAGCCAGAAGCCUGGGACACACUGAGAAGCCAGACUUGACUGCCACCACCUCAGUCCCUGGAAAGGGGAAGAAAGCCCCUUCCUACUUCCCUAGUCUCCAUUCCAAGGCCUGGCUGCCUUCUCCCCGUGUGCUCCGACCCCAGGGCCGGGUCCUCAGACUGCAACAUGGCCGGCUGGUGGGCUCUAAGGCUCUGUCAACCACAGGCAAGGCCUUGAUGACUCUACCCACUGCCAAGGUUCUGAUGUCCUUCCCACCUCACCCUGACCUCAAGCUGGCACCCAGCAUGCUGAAACCGGGAAAGGUGGGCCUUGAGCUGCACCUCAUACCCUGGCGGGUAGUGCUGAGCAGUGGGGUCGGGGCUGAGGGGCACAGACAGGGGGCAGAGGCCUGAUCAUCUCUCUCCCUCCCCUCCUUUACACCGAGGCUGCUAUUCCCCUGCACCUUGGAGGCCCCCACUUUGGAAGUGCCUCAUGGCCUCUGCCCUUUGAAGCUGGACCUCUUCCUAGCACCCACAGGAAAGUCAAAGCCAAAGGCAAGUUCAAGGCCAGACUCUGCGACAAACCCAGGGCUGAGGCAUACCCCGAGAAGAGGCUGAGCUUCCCCAAACCCUUGACCCUUAUUUUGACAUCCCGGACACUGUGGACCAGGGGGGCUAUAAGGCUAGAGAAACCCCGUUCUGAUCUCCACUACCCU